AAGGCGGAGGAACCUUCCUGCACCCCAAUCCCUGAUUCCCUCAGCUCCGCAGCGAGAGCGGUGCGCACAGGCGGGCCCUGAGGCUGCGCCUGUAGAGCAGCAGCUGCAGAGGCGACAGUGGCGGGUCCCCAGCUCAUCUCCAGCCCCACUGCUGAGCCUGGGCCCCAAGGAGCCGCUGCAAUCCAAGUUCCCGCCAUGAGCAGCUGUCUCGAGGGGCUCAGCGGCCCCAGGGACUCGCGUCUGGGCGAGCCCGAACGCAACGCCAAGCGGCCCCGACGCUCCUGAAGCUGCCUGCCACAGCAGGUCCCACCAAGGCCCCAGACACCACUGCGUCCCCGCCUCCACCACCACCACCACCACCACCACCACCACCACCACCACCACCACCACCACCACCACCACCCACCACCACCUCCGCUUCCGCUGUCUCAGAUGCAAUAGUGUCUCCAGCAGCAUGUCUCGAAGAAAGAUUUCAUCCGAGUCUUUCAGCUCUUUGAGCUCUGACUACCUGGAGACCAGCCCGGAGGAGGAAGGGGAGUGCCCAUUGUCCAGGCUCUGCUGGAAUGGCAGCCGGAGCCCGCCAGGGCCACCUGGCUCUAGAGAGGCCGCUAAGGCUGCCACUUCGGCCCCCGCUGCCUCUGCCGCCGCGGCCUCUGCUGCAGUCGCCGCGGAGUACAAGAGAGCCCAACGCCGCGGAAGGGUCAACCUGGACUCACUAGGCGAAAGCAUCAGCCUCCUGACGGCGCCCUUGCCUCAGACGAUACACAUGACUCUCAAGAGGACAUUGCAGUAUUAUGAACACCAAGUUAUUGGUUAUAGGGAUGCAGAAAAGAAUUUCCACAAUAUCUCUAAAAGAUGCUCCUAUGCAGACCAUUCCAACAAAGAGGAAAUUGAAGAUGUCUCAGGAAUUCUUCAGUGCACUGCUAAUGUACUCGGACUGCAGUUCCAAGAAAUUCAAGAAAGAUUUGGUGAGGAAUUCUUUAAGAUAUGCUUUGAUGAGAAUGAAAGAGUCCUUCGAGCUGUGGGCAGCACAUUGCAGGACUUCUUCAAUGGCUUUGAUGCAUUGUUAGAACACAUUAGGACUUCUUUUGGGAAACAGGCCACUCUAGAGUCAUCAUCUUUCCUAUGCAAAGAGCUUCCUGAAGGUACUCUCAUGCUCCAUUACUUCCACCCUCACCAUACGGUGGGCUUUGCAAUGCUGGGAAUGAUUAAGGCUGCAGGAAAGAGAAUCUAUCACUUAAAUGUGGAAGUUGAACAAAUUGAAAAUGAGAAACUCUGCUUUGAUGGUUCAAACCCAAGCAAUUGCAGCUGUCUUACUUUCCUUAUCAAAGAAUGUGAAACUACUCAGAUCACAAAGGACAAUCCACAAGGUACUUCCCAAGUUCCUGCAGACCUCAGAAUCAGCAUCAACACCUUCUGCAGAGCCUUCCCCUUCCAUUUGAUGUUUGACUCUAACAUGGUGGUCCUUCAGCUUGGGGAGGGCCUACGGAAACAACUUCGAUAUGACACUCACAGAGCACUGAAGUUUGAGGACUGUUUUGAGAUCGUCUCUCCAAUGAUUAAUGCCACCUUUGAUAGAGUCUUGCUACGAUUGUCCACUCCAUUUGUUAUAAGGACCAAGCCCGAAGCUUCUGGUACUGAGAAUGAAGAUAAGGUGAUGGAAAUCAAAGGACAAAUGAUCCAUGUCCCAGAAUCAAGUGCCAUUUUGUUUUUGGGAUCUCCAUGUGUGGACAAGUUGGAUGAACUGAUGGGCCGAGGACUGCAUCUCUCAGACAUCCCUAUUCAUGAUGCCACCCGAGAUGUAAUUUUAGUUGGAGAGCAAGCCAAGGCCCAGGAUGGCUUGAAGAAGAGGAUGGAUAAAUUAAAGGCCACAUUAGAAAGAACUCACCAGGCCCUGGAAGAAGAAAAAAAGAAGACAGUGGAUCUGCUGUAUUCCAUUUUCCCUGGUGAUGUAGCCCAGCAGUUGUGGCAAGGGCAGCAAGUACAGGCCAGAAAGUUUGAUGAUGUCACCAUGCUCUUCUCUGACAUUGUGGGCUUUACAGCCAUAUGUGCUCAGUGUACUCCCAUGCAGGUGAUCAGCAUGCUCAAUGAACUCUACACAAGAUUUGAUCACCAGUGUGGCCUUUUGGAUAUUUACAAGGUGGAAACAAUAGGGGACGCAUACUGUGUGGCAUCAGGACUGCACAGGAAAAGCCUAUGCCAUGCAAAGCCCAUUGCUCUGAUGGCCUUAAAGAUGAUGGAGCUUUCAGAAGAAGUUCUGACUCCCGAUGGAAAAGCAAUUCAGAUGCGGAUAGGCAUUCACUCAGGCUCUGUGCUGGCUGGUGUGGUCGGAGUACGAAUGCCACGAUAUUGUCUUUUUGGAAACAAUGUCACUCUGGCAAGCAAAUUUGAAUCUGGAAGUCAUCCUCGGCGUAUCAAUGUCAGCCCUACUACUUACCAAUUACUAAAACGAGAAGACAGUUUCACAUUUAUUCCUCGUUCUCGAGAAGAACUUCCAGACAACUUUCCGAAGGAAAUUCCUGGGGUCUGCUAUUUCCUGGAGUUAAGGACUGACCCAAAGCCACCAAAGCCAUCCCUAUCUUCAUCGAGAAUAAAAAAGGUUUCCUACAAUAUUGGCACAAUGUUCCUCCGGGAAACAAGCCUCUGAGACUUGCUGCAGAUCAAAGACUCCUCCAAAAAGCACAAGCCCAGACAUGGGUCCUCAUGAGGAGAGGAAGAAACUAUUUCUCUUCCAAUGCUCUGUAAGAACAUAUAGUAGGUUUUGUGUUAACGUCAGGCAAUAAUCCUUGAAAUGGUGAAUAACUGAUGUCAACUAAAAACAAAAAGCUGGGUGGUGUGGGGGAAAAGUAUAAUGUUUCCAUCCAUAUGAGUAUUUCUGGUAAUGGAUAUUUUAUUUACAAGUACAGGCAAUCAAAAGUAACUAAUAGAGCUUAUGGUUUUUUGUUUGUCAGCCAUGCAGGUAUCUCUCCCUAUACAUUUAUACCACUUUUGAAAGCCAGUUUUAAAUAUAUAUUCCUACAUUUAGUGAACUGAUAGGUAAGGAAUAAUCUCUAAUUUUCUUUUUCUGAAUAGGCAUCUCAUACAUAUAUUAUGGCAGUGUGAUUAAACUUCCAAGCAGAAGAACUAUAAAUUAGCUAAAUAUUUUAGGGAUGUUACCUAUUUUUAUAUAUCUAUAACUAUAUCUUCUCCUAGAUAAUUGCAUUUCCCACACAUGAUUAAAUAUUCAAAAUGUGCUGGGGCUUUGUGGGUAGAUUUGAUGAUGCUAUAUACAAGUUUCACUUACUUAGAGAGAUUAGUGCUUGAACUGGGAAUAUGUAUAACUAAGGAUAUCAGCUGUUGAGGAAACAUGUGUUUGCUUAGUAAACAUACCUUUUAGAUUUAUUUCAUGUAGCUUGGAUCCAGAGGAAAUGGAAUUUUCUAGUAGAAAAUAAACCUGUAACUAAGCUUCAGGAAAGAUUUUCUUUUAAAUCUAAACACUUGUAAGUUAAAACAAAACACUUUGCAAAACUAGAUCCUUUUUACAUUAAAACUUACCAAUGUAAUGGUGUAUGCAAUCUUAAGUGGCUCCAUAAUCAACAUUAUCUCUCAAAAUGAUGUAUUAGUAGCUGCCCUUCCUGUCUCUGACCUAUGCCUUCAAAGAACUGACUGUCACACUCCAAAGCAAAUUCUGAUAUCAGAGUUACUGACGAAUAUCUGUCAGGCAAUUUUGCCAAGAAUGUUGUUUCCAAUUGCCUAACAACAAAGCAAAGAAAAGCUCGAUUUCAUGCCUUUUGGAUUCUAAAAUGUAUAUUCUUUGGAGGUUUUGUUGAUACAGGCUCUAAAGUAUCAAACUGCCUCAUGAAUACUGGUGUAGGCUGAACCUCCAGAUUCCACAAACACCAUGUAUACAUAGAUAGCAUUCCAUUGCAUGCUCUACUAAAUUAAGGACUGCUAUCAAUAGCCAACACUGCAUGAAAAUACUCUUUACAGGCUCACACUGAAAUUAGGAGUGCACAGUGUGCAAGAAUUUUCAUAUUUGGAGCCACAUAUAAAACCUACAUAUCUAAGGAGUUUAGUGAUCUGGAAGCAUUUGCUGUAUUGAAAUAAUAGGAUGGACCUUUUCUUCUUACUCAAGUAUCCAGUAUGUAUUCUCACUGGUAGGUAUGUUUACUGGACACAAUAUAUACUUUUUUUCAGGAAUUUGGGCCUGCAUUAAACAUUCUAAGGUAUUGCUAUAUGUUAAUUCCCAAAGUCGUCUGUGAUUGUUAAUCACUGUUCUCUAUGUGACUUGGCAACAUUUAAAUUAGGCAAAGCACUUGUUCUAUUCAUGAUCUUUUUCUAACUUUAGCUGUAUUCUCACCCUGGUAUAAUUGAGAUACUAAUUUAACAUACUUUACAUGGAGAAAGCAAGAUAUAUAUUUUCCAGGUUCUAUGCUAUCACCUGUCUCUUUUUUGCCAAGCAUAGUUCUGUUUUUACACCAUACAGAUAAAGGGCCAGAGUAUGCCUGUGAUGCUUUGUAGCCUGAGGGCAAUGUAUCCUCAAUAGAAUAAUAACAAAUACAUUUCAAGAAACUUGAAUAUUAGCUUACCUCCUUCAUAGUAGAGAAGGAUGAGGAGUGUAGGGAGAGUAGAUAGAGUAAGCUGAAAACACAAAGUAGUCUUGUUCUACUACUGAUGAAAAUGCCUGAUGAAAGCUGACAGUCUCUUACUAUUGAAGAACAGGGGAAACAGCCAUGCUCACCAUAGUCAAUUAUAUCUAUUAUGUGCAGUAACUAUGUUUAUUAUGAUAUAUUCAAUUAUUUUACACUCAAUAAACAUGUUCUAUAACCAUAAGGUUGAAAGAAUAUUUCCCAGGAAUCAUGCAAUAUAUUCUCUGUAUUUAAGAAAAUUUAUGAAAAAUAUACACACACCCCCACACUCAUAUCUUUUAAAACCUAAUAUUUGAAAUCCACUCUAUUAUUCAGUGAUUAAACUAUUACUAAAUAAACAAUUAAAUAAAGCUCAAGAGGAGAAUUUACUCAUUUAUUCUCAGUUUUAAAAGCAUCACAAAUUCUGUAUUUGGUUACAUUAUUUUACAUAGUUAGGAAAGAGCCGUUACACUGUCAGAAAUGGCAUUUUAAAGAACAUUGCAUAAAUUUAUUAUAUAUCCCUAACAGGAAAUUAUAUUCUUCAAUCACUAUAAUCUAUAUUUCUGAAGACAGUCUGAGGAAGUAAUAUAAUCUCUUGUAAGUUUUCUAGACUGUUUCAAAUGACCAUCAUAGUUACAUUCUUUUUUGCUUUAUGUGCUUGUAAGGCACUCAAAAAAAAAAAGUUCCAUUGUCUGCAUUUGUAUAAGGGAGAAGCUAUGAACUUUAUAUUUCCAUCUUUUAUUUUCUACAAAGCAGAGUUCAUAUGUUCUAUCUUAGAAAACUUGGCUGCAAAUAUGUGACAGUAUUUUGAUUCUAUUGAUUAAUAGCUCUCUAUUACUUUCAUAUAUUUAACAACAUGUAGGAAUGGUAUACCUUUUAGUGUGUCAGGUUGAAAGGAAUCUAGGAAGGUAUCCAUAGAAACCAAGUGAUUGCAAGUUGGUGUAAUAUGUUUAGCUCACUGUAAAAUCAACUUCAAAUCUAACAUGGCAUGAAUAACUUCCCUUUCUGAAUAUUGGAUCAGGUAGUUAAUUUAGGAAAGGAACUUUGCAACUAGACAUUAUUACUAACAUUUACCACUGACAGAAAUAUCAUUUGAUGAGGAGAACAUUGUCAUCUUCAAAUAAGUCAAUAAUCUAGCAUAGGUAUAAUCUUCAUAUACUUGUAUAGAAGCGAUCUUAUGGACUUUAGUAAAGAGGCAAUGGUGUUCACAAAGAAAAAUUACCAUGUCUGAGAAACAUUGUUGGGACUUUCAGAUUUGUCAUCUUGUGAAGGUGAUCUAUGACCCAACUUUCUAAAAUCUACCUCUGUAUGUAUAUCUCCUGUUGUAUUUUAGACUAAUUGGGGUAUCUCUUCCAAUUCCAUAUUUUAUGUGGAGACCAGUAAGCUGUGACCCAUGUUUCUAACACCAUCUCUGAUAUAUAAAAUUGGAGAGUUAGUCAGUGGAUCCAGCACACAUUAGUUCUUACAGUCUCAAACUUUUCUCUCUUGUUUAAUGACCAUGACAUUAGGAUAGAGAUAUAUGUUCAGAAGUGUGAAAGUUUGUGUCUCUUUAAGGAAAGAAAAAAGAUAUUAAUGAGUUAAACAAAAUCUAAUUCUCAAUUGUAGCAAUGCUUUAAAACAUGUAAAUUUUUCCAGAGAGAUCUACCAAUAAAGCAAAAGUAAACAGAAACAAAAGGCAAAGCCAUUUACAAAACCAUCCAACUCUAUUCAGGACAGAACAGUGUUUCUGCUGACUGAAAGGUGGGUCUACAGGUGUGCAGUGUUAAUAUGGACUUGGAGAUUAUGGCCAUCAACACUGGCAGUUUCUUCAGUUUGCCACUGGCUGAAAUGGGUGUUGUACAUAUAUAACAUAGAACUUAAAUAGUGACAAAGGUUUCUGUACUCUUUUUUUUUUUUAGCAAGACAUUGAUUAUCCCUUCCUCACCCUCUGUGUGCUCAACAGAUAUUAUCUCAACCUCUCAAGCCCAGCCUUCAAAAACAUCAUUUCUUCUUUACUUCUGAACCAGAUUUAAUACACAUAUAAGUUAUAUAAACAUGCUGAAACAAAAUUCAUGUUAAGAAAAUAAAAUGUCCUUAUAUGUUGCCUCAGAUCAGAAUCCUCACAGUGGUGAAUGAAAAACAACUUCUGAUACUCUAUAUACAUUAACAUAAUCAGCAGAGACUGUUGAGAUAGUAUGCAAUAGUCCUUCAUCACACUUGAUUCAAAAAAACCUAAGUACUAGUGUUCUACCAUCUUUGUUCUCCCUUUCUUUUCAUUGAAAAAAAAAUGACCACAUCUUGUCUUAUAAAGUAAUGAAUCUCGUGUGUGUGCACAUGUGCACCCUUGCAUGUGGUUAUUGGUUGUAAAAGGUCAUUUGAGAAGGACUUGAGAAUGUGUGUAAGUAGUUUGUCUUUGUUCUGAUAUGUUGUAUAGCCCUAAAAUACUUUCAGUCAAGUACUUCAUUGCUCUCCCACACUGUCCUAGUUUAAUAUUUACUUUUCUGCUUAAAAGUAUUUCACUGGCUGCAUAAUAAUAAUCUAGGAAGUUUUAGGAAUUGGAAUUACUGGGAAUAUCCUACGGCACAUGGCAGAGGUAGGACCCAAGAAUGAGUUUAGGAAACCACCCUCAUUAAUACUGCAUACAGCCAGAUGUGGAGAUUAUGGAAGAACAUGCUUACAAUCUCAGUGACUCAAAGGUAAUACAAGUUGACUAAGAUAGCAAUAUACUCUUUUAUUUAAUUUUGAAUAUUUAAGCACUCUGGGUUUCUUAUCAUAAAUUUUAAUUUUAGCUUUGGUUUCAAAUGCUUAGUAUGCUUUCAGAACAUGAAUCUUCAAACUUAUUAGUGACAGAAGUCAACACUGAUUAGCAUGAGGGAUGAAUAUUGCUCAGUAUUAUUAGGCAUAGUAGCUAUAUUCUUGGUUACUGGUAAAGCUGUGCAGUACACUUGCUGGCCUUCACCACUGAAGUAACAGAAAAUAAGUUUAGGACAUAAGUAAGUAUUGAAAUGACAGCCUACCUUCAGAAUGCUGUUAUCUAUAUUAUAAAAAGAUGCAAAGUUAAUACUUAAUGCCUCGUUUCAUUAUGUAUAUCACAUAUUUCUCUCAAAGCAAUUUCUUAGCAAUACUUAUAACUAUCUUUUAAGCAAUAUUUUAAGCCAUGGUAGUGAUGCCAUAUAUAAUGCACACGUGUGCAUUUCACCAAGCCUUUGGAGAAAUGGAGACAUGGUUUCCACUAGCAAUAAUACAGGUGGUUUGGAAUUUUUAAAGUUAUUUGUCGUUUCACAACAUAAUGAAAAGCAAAGGAUGAAUCAUAUUUAAAAACUGAUCAAAUAGUUCACAAAUCAAUCUCAAAACUCACUAAUUUGUGGACAUGUAGCUAAUGAGUUUACAUCAGAGUAUGUCUGGUGUAAUUUAAAACUAUCUAUAUUACUAUAAUUUCUAUUGCUCUCAAAGACAUUUACGUACUAUUUGUAAAGUUGCUCAAAUUUUUGGAUCUCUGUAGUUUAUUACAGCAAGCAACAAAGAUGGAAGUAGAGUGUAAGUUCAAAGAGCUGAUUGAGAAAGUGAACUUUGAUAAAAUAUACGUGAGUCUUGGCUUUAUAAGCUCCUGAAAGAUUUAAGAUAAAAGAGCAAAGAGAUUUCUAAAGUAAUAGAGACUGUUAGAAGAGAGAGGAUCUUAAGGAAUAUGGAGUUUCUAUAGUAUACACAGUUGAUUUAAUGAAUGCUAGAUAACCCUUUUGCUAUGUGUUACUUUUGUGUUUUUUUGUUUGCUUUCUUGUUUUGGUCAUUUUGUUUUGUUUGGUUUGAGAGAAAAAAUUCCAAACUAACCAUUCCCAGUCCUCUGAUGAGGUAGUGUCAGGGUAGCAGUAGCUGUAAGGCUCAGUAAAACUUCAAUUAGAAGCUCACAGAGCCAUAAAUAGCAAGUCUCUGAAGGUGGUAGAUAAAAUGAUUCUGGGUUAUAGUGACAAAGGUAAGUAGAAGUGCCAGAACAUCCGGAUCUACAAAACAGAGGGUCAAACAUUGGCUCUGCCUUAGGUUACAGAGAAGCCCACUGAAAUUAGCACAGGACAGAUAGUCAGUGUGCAGAGGACAUUAAACACAGCAUCUUCACACACGUUUGGUCGACAUGACAUUCACUAGCAAAAUGAUUUUGUACUUUACGCUCCUCCAACUGCUGAAAUAGGAAUGAUAUGUUUUUAUUAUUGUGAACUUGAAUCACAAAGUCUGGAAAACAUUUUACGUCCUAAAAGCUUGUGCCAUCAUUUUUGAGGUUAUUCCAUAGUCAAUACUUCAUAUUUUCUCAAUUUGCACUCUACUAACAAAGCAAGUACUCAGCUUCUGAGAGAAAAAAAAAUGGCCUAGGUUUACUCAAGAUGGAAGCCCCAGAGAGCUAGAGAACCCAAGACCAUUAGAUAGUGCUUAGGGGAAAAAUGAGGGUGUUCUCUCUGCCUUCUAACAUUGAAAGCAAAUGGAUACUCUGUCAUUAUCACUCAGAGAUUUCUCACUUACUUGUAACUGACUAUCUCAUGCAGAAUGCAUUUAGGAGAAGUAAGUUCCCUCCUAUUUUUAACUAGAAUUACUAGUCUUAAAAAAUCAAUUAUUAUAUUGUGUCAGUUCACUUGUAUAUAAACUUCAAAGUUGAUAGGUUUUGAAAUCGUAUUUCAUAAAAUACAUCAAAAGCUUUAGCAAUGAGAACCUAAUUCUGUGGCUUAGUCCUUCAGGUUUUAACCUCUGGUGAUAUCACUUAAUCGUAAAUUAAUUAUAGUUCAGUGCUUGUUAUUUUUCCAAGUUUUCUAUGUUACUAAACAAGGUUGUUAUAAAUAAGAAUUUUAAAUGGUGGCAUUGAACCUUAUUUCUCUUGUUGAACAAUAUUCUCAUGCUUAAAACAUUAAACUAUUACAGAGCUCGAUAUUAAAAGCCAAAGGUAGUGUGUUCAGACUCCUUCAUGUUAAGGCAUCUAACAAAGCACCCCAGUGAUCUAGAUAAUGCACAGGAAUUGAGAAUUAUCUAAAGCAAUUAUGUGGGAGCUUUAGAAACAGUCUUGAACAUUUGUGUAAGGAUAAUGAUGAGUAGAUAGCAGCCAUGAUUAUCAGGCCUAUUAUUUUUAUUAAUUUCAGAUGUGUCAGCAUCACUUGCAAAAUUCAUUUCUUGUGUAACUUCCUGAUCUGAAAUAAUGGUUACCUCUUGCUUAUUCUUUUGAUCCUUAAAAAAUUUUUACUGUCAUGAAAUACAAAUUAUUAUCUGACCAUAACAGUUUUUCUAAUUUAUGAGCAUAUAAGAUAUAUUUAGGUGGAGUCAGCUGGAGGGAAAGAAAGAGAAAGAAAAAGCCCCCCUAUAGGGAAGCUUUUACUUACAAUGGGAAGAUGAAAAUUAUGUCUGUAGUCCAUCUUUGUUAACCUAAGAGAAAGCUAAAGAUAUUGAUAUGGAUAUAUCAUUAAAGAUUUUUUUUAAAAAAUAAGAAAUAAUACUGAAUGAUAGGUACACCAAAUAAAAUUCAGCAUGUCAAAGCUUUAGAAAACAAAUAAGAAACUUAAUAAAACUGUUAAUUAGAAUGACUAUUUAAAGGAACAAUGACAAAAAUAAAUCAUCAUAUAUAUCUACCAAAGCAGAAUUUGCUUCUGUUUGGAAAAUUUAGUACCAUGUCUUCAAUCAGUAUUUUCUGUGACAAGCUAAGCUCUAGUAUAACCUUUAUGCUAAUGAGAAACCAGGUAGGAAUUCAAAUAUCAUCUGUAUGAGCUGCAGUUGCAUCUUAAAUAUAAUAGGUCUGGUAUCAUUUCUAAAUAACUCUCAAUAAAAGUCUAAUGAAUACAUUGUGUACAAAGAGACUACGUAGGGCAAACUAAUCAGGUCUUUAAAUACAUUGGCACUUUAAACUCCUGUAUGCCCCUCUCUCCUUUCUAACUCCAGUCCUUCUAUUCUUUCCUAUUUCACUUUAUUCUGUCUUUUCUGUCUCUAUUUCUUAACAGCUCUUAUAAAGUGCAUGGCAAUAUUGUUUUACUCUUUGAGCUGAGGCUUUUCCUUUUCACAUUUACAUGACUGAAUAUUAUAGACCUGUGAGGUAAGGAGGUAAAAGUUAGAACAUAGUACAGAUCAUUUGAAAAGAGAAGUGACUGUGAAUUUGGAUCUUGACUGCUGAGGGCUUUGUCAUACAAGAGAAAGUGGAUCUAUGCAAACUUCUUUGCUCUCUCCUGGGAAGUAUCAGAAUCAACAUUUUAAAGCUCCUGCCCAUUGCCCCUGCAAGUCUUCAUUCAGAAAAUCCUCUUCUAGCUUAAUCUCUAAUUUUUCAUUAGAUUUGAGAAUCACACUGCUAAAGAUUGAGAUAGAAAAGCCUUUUCUCAAAUCUGCUUUUAGAAUCAUAGGUACAUGAAAUGCAAGUUGAUUUUACUGGACCUUUAGAUGUAAGGGAUACACUACCAAACUUCUUGGGUACUGUUACAUGAGUCAGAUAGUUCUGUUAUAGUGUUUCUAGAUCUUGAAGUGUCUGACAAAAUUCAACAUAGAAUUUAUAUCUACCCUGCUGAGAAAGCAAUAAGUAGCAUUCUCCAUGUUUCUUAGCUCUACCCUUUUAAAAUUUUAACACAUUUACAUGUAACUUUUUAAGCACAGCUUUGACUUAUUUUCUAGAAUUAAUGAAUUUCCAUGGUUUGAAAUAAAAAGACCUAAUUUUGAUAUUUCAUAUUGUUAUAGCAAAGGAUUUAUGUAUCUCAAUCCAAGCCAUUUAUUUUUCAGGGAAAAUUAGAUAAUGCCUAGCAAAGUAUUUGAUUUAUAACAGAAAGUAAUUCAAAUAUCUUAAGUGUACUAAAAAAGAAGGCAAAAAUGGAAUUCUAGGAAAUACAUCUAAUCAUUUUAAUUUUCUUCAAUUGAAAUGUCUUAUAUGUUAUGUCACUGUAUAAAUAUUAUAUUCAAAUAUCCAUAGAAUACCUUUGUUUGUAUUCUCUAGUGGUAUAUGAGUGUUAUUAUUUUUUUUCUAUUUAGAAAGAUAUAUUUUCAAAAUCAACAUUGUAUACCUGGUAUUUCUGACCUGGGGAUGUAAUAAGUGCCCCAUCUGGGAACUACCCUCCUCAAUGCAACCUUUUACUUUUCAGUUCUGAUUUUUAAUUAUAUCCUUUAUCAGAAGUCUUAAAUUCAUAUCAAAGAAAAGAAGAAGUAUAUAAGUUCCAAACAAAUAAACACCCCCCAAACAGCAACACAUUUCUUUGUCAUCUUCUAUAUAUCCCAUUCUUUACACUUAAUUUCUGAGAUAGGUGCAUAUUUACCAUCUAAAUUGAAACUUAAGUGAACACUUUUUGUGUUUUCUUAUAAUUUUCCUAAUUAAGUAUAGCCAAUCUUACAACUUAAUCAGGUAAAUAAAUGAAUAACUUUAAUUAAAAUAAAUAUUAAAAUAAACUUUAAAUAUCCUUAUCAAUUUUAUUUACUUACAGAAAUAAUUUUAAAGUGAUUUUUAAAUGGGAAAAAUAUAGAUAAUGCAAUGGAGAAAUUAAGCUGUGAGCCAAAGCACCUUUUUUGUCUCUAUGUGGUUUUUACUUCCUACUGAAGAUCAAUUUCUAAGAUUCCAUUGUCCAAAAUGUACAUGCUACUGGCCACAGACUUUAGAGCACCCACUACUUAUUAGGAAAUCUAGUCCUGCUGUUACAGCUGGUCAGGAUGUGAGAAAAUUAAGAAGAAUUGGUGAGAAAAUAGUCCAUGAAGAGAAAUGUUCCUUCCUUCCUUCCUUCCUUCCUUCCUUCCUUCCUUCCUUCCUUCCUUCCUUCCUUUCUUCCUUCCUUCUUUUCCGUGCUUUCUCUCUUGCCUUCUUUAUUUCCUUCUUUCCUUCUCUCUCUCUCUCUCUCUCUCUCUCUCUCUCUCUCUUUCUUUCUUUCUUUCUUUCCCUCUUUCCCUCUUUCUUUCUUUCUUUCUUUUAAUUUAAAUUGAAUGAACAAUUUGUUUCCCUUAGAAAAGAAAAAGAAAAUAUUCUUUAAAGUUUGUCUUUGAAAAUGUACAAUUAUUGUAAUAGCUUCUGACACCUACACUAUACCUUCAGUAAUCAAUUGACUAACCUUUCUAAUUAUGCUUUGAAAGCAAGCCAAUUAAGUGCAUUCAGAAAUACAUAUCAUUCCUCCUUCCAAAAUGAACCUACCUGAAUUCAGACUGUUUAACUGUGAGUUAACUGUGACAUUGUACCAAAGGGUCGCAAUUCCCAAGCACUACUUUAAAUCUCAAACUUACCCUGCUCUUUCAAGUGCAUAAGAUCAACACAGCAAACAUUUAGCAUGGUUUAGGAAUGACUAGGUUCCUCAUGCUAAUAUAAAGACAUAAUUAUGAUGUGCUAGGCUUUCAAUAGUGUCCUCUGCAUGAGGUAGUUUUUACUUAAGUAGAUAACUGAGUUAUUUUAACAGUUUGUUCUAUUUCUUGCAAUCUGAUGAGUCUACAUUUUCGCUUGACUUGUUGUGAAUAAUAUUAUAUAUAUGCUAUUUUACUAACAGAUUAUACUUUGUGAUCCUUUCUUUUAAAAAUAAAUGUAGUUAUCCCAAACAUAGACUAUAAUAUCAUCAAAUAAUACCAAGUAAAUAUAUUUAAGGCAUGGUUAAUAACAUAUAUUUUGAAAGGCCAAGCUAUUUUUUUCAUAUUUUUAUUUUUAAUUAAUGCAUCUGUUAAUCCUGUGCCAUUUUUCAAAAGUUUCAUUUUGUGGUUCAAAUUAUUUCUAAAAAUAUUUUCUUUUACCUAGUAGUACAGGUUUUGAGAAAAAUAUGAUUAAAAUGAUCAAAUAUGCCUCAUUUCACUAGAAUUUUAAGAAUAAUACCUGUAAAUGGGUGGAAAUAUUUUUAAAAAUAAAACACCAUAUUUCUUUGUUUUUUAUGUAGCAUGACUUUUUACCUAUUUGCUUAUUUUACUUGUAAUUAUCCUAAGUUAUGCACAAUGUAUAUAUUCUCUUUCAUGAAGCAGUAGUCAUUGUUACGUGCAGACCACAGAAUGAGGUGAGUUUGUACAUGGAAAAAUGAUUUAUGGGCACCUGGGAUUCUUCUAAAACAAAGUGGAAAUAAAAGUUGCCUGUUAUAUUUACAUGACUCAUUACAGAGCUGCAUAAAUCAUGUAUUAUUUACCUUAAAAUUUCAAAAUGUUACAUAUUAAGUAUUUAAAUCAAUAAAUUAUACGAACAAAAAA